CGCCGAUUUCUGCCGAAGCGCUUGUCCGUUUCCGAACCGAACGGGGAUCAAUUAAAUUUCCGGCUUCAUCAUGGAAUGAUGAACCUCGUGUACAUCCGAUCAGAAAAGCAUGCUACCGCCCUUGUGAGCCGGCGCCCAUCCCCUAUGAGCUCGCUCUAAAGGACCUUGAGGCUCCGCUAUGCUAUUUAUGUCCCGCCGCCGUCUCAGUGGUCCCGCCGUCUUUAUUCUGAAUACUAUCUCGAUAGUAGCUCUUCUUUACUCCUCGCUGCAUCUCUUGAAGAAAAUUGUCGUCUUCAAGCAGCAGCCAGAACAAGCGCUCAGCGGCGAUAUCUGCCCUGCAAGUUGUUUAAAUGACGACUUGGCGCCAGAACCGAUCGUGGAAGCGACGCCGACCUCGUAUAGUUCUGCAGUAGAAGCAACGCCGACUCUUAAACCAUGGGACUCAAGCUAUUAUGUGCAAGGAACUCCUGGCGAAAACUUUCGAGAUAAUCUGCGGGACGAUAAAAGUUACUUAACGGCAUGGUGUCUUGGAGGAUUCACGAACCUAUAUAUGUGUCAGGUCAAUCUGAUAUACUUGGGGAUCAUAUCAGAUAGAAUCCCCGUUCUCCCUCCAUUUUCACCAUCCCACCACGUUACCGGUGUAAUUGCCUUUGGCGACGUAUUCAACCUCAAACAUCUCCGUGACGUUCUUCAAUUGCCUGUCAUUGAAUGGUCUGAUAUCAAGACGCCUCUGAAGAAACUAGGAGAUCCAGACGCCUCCUGGGAGAAAAUAGGGUGCUGGAGCGUACGGUCUCGCGAUGUGAAUGAGCCUAGUCCCGAUUAUAACUUUGCCAGGGCUCUUGCUCUCGACGCAUCGUACACACGCGUACCCGACCUGAUGUACCGCUCAUCCAAUUUAGACGAGGGACACACCAACUUUUGGAACCUCGCGUCUCUGAUAUACCCAGUGCAACCGGCGUUUCAGGAUCAGACUUUCCCUCUGCUAAAGGCGUCGGCCAAGGGCGAGAGGGAACCUCCGGAUAGGCAUCUAGCGUGCUUUGAUACCUUGUAUUAUGUCGGGUCUGGGGCAGAGACGUUUGAGUGGAAUCAUCCCUGGUCGCCUGCGUGGAGGACUGUGGGGAAGCAUUUGAGGUUUAGCGAGCACAUGGAGAGGCUGGGAAAAGAGUAUGCUUCAAAAGUGUUUGAUGUUGCUCCAGAUCAGCUUCCGCCGUUCAUUGCUGUUCAUAUACGGCAUGGAGAUUUCAAAGGCAAUUGUUGGGCGACCAAGGAUAUCAAAGAAUGCUACGCGAAUCUUCCAGCAUUUGUGAGACGCGUAGAGGAGGUACAAGAAGAACUGCGGGAGAAGCUUGGUCUGGACGUAAUUCAUAUCAUCAUGUCCACAGAUGAAAAGGACGAGGAAUUCUGGGAAGAGGUCGAUUUCCUAGGUUGGGGGUAUAUCGACCACGAACAAGAGGGGACUAUCAAGACGUAUGGAGAAUGGUAUGGGCCGAUCAUCGAUAUCGUGAUCCAUAGUCUUGCUGUGGGAUUCGUAGGCACUGAUGGGUCGACAUUAAGUCUUGUCAGUGGCAAACGAGUGGAAGAUUGGAAUAAUGGGGUCACUCGAAUGGUAAAAUGGGGCUAUGCUGGAGCAGACAAUCACUAACUAUAUAGAGCCAUGCACUACCGGACUAUUCAUGUAUCAUAUGACCGUUGGGGGUGGGCUACUUAAUAAUAAUGGUUUCUACCCCGGUUCAUGUAUUUUCUUCUAAUAGAUUUAUAAGUAUUCU